AGACUGAGAGAGUGAGAGAGUGAUAAAGAUAGAGAGAUGGAUAGAGAGAAACCAAGAAAAGCUUGUUUGAUGAAAAGUUGAAAACAUUUAAAGUUUUAGAAAAGUUAAAAACACUGCGAGGUCUCGCAGGUAAACUUUUAGCCCAACAAUGCUCCAGUACAAUAUUGCCUCUGUGUCAAUGAACAGUUUAACAUACAAGUGCUUAGCUGCAUUAGCAGCUGCUGCUGCUUCACCAACAACAUCAACAACAAUAACAACAACAGCAACAACUACUACUACUGGUACAACUAAUAUUACUAGUUCUGCUACUACUCCAUCACCAUCUACAGCAUCAUCAUCAACAAAAACAACAACAAACUCGUCAUUAUCGACAUCACCAUCAUCACCACCAAUCUCUACCACCACAACAUCUCCAUCCUCAUUUGCAUCAAACAUAUCAUCUGCACCCAAAUCAGAAAGUUAUGAACAUUUUCCAAUAGAUGUUGUUCAAUACAUUAUUGAUCAUGCAGCUCAAGAGAGAAUUCCAAUUAGUGGUCAAUAUCUUUGUAGUUUGCUCUCUGGAGGAGGCUGCUAUUCAAUCGAUCUAUGGAAACUGUGCUUCUACAAUCAGUUUAAAGAAGCCGAUAUUAUAAAGAUACUUUCCACUUUGGCUAAAAACUGUUAUAAUCUUCGUAGAUUGACUCUGGGUGGACAUACUUGGAUUUACAAAUCAAGAGUUGUUCAGGGACCAAUGAGAAGUAUUUUUAGAGGAAACACUUUAAUUAAAUUGCGAAGCCUUAAAUUGCAACAAACCUCUUCACCUGAGGAGUUGAUUACUAUCUUUUCAGCAUGUCCAAAUCUUGUUAAAUUAGAAAUAUGCCAACCAUCACUGACUGACAAACAAAUCAACAUUGUUGCUAAAGAAUUACAGCAAACAGCUUACUCCAAGAUUCGUUACUCCUUGCGAGCUCUUUGUUUACCUUCCUCUGUUCAUAGAGCUGGAAUAAUCAAAAUGGUUGCCUUAUUUCCAAAUUUAGCCUAUCUCAAUUGCUGCCACUAUGAGGAUGUUUUGGAAGCCAUUGAAAACGGGAUGAUGGAAAUGGAUGUUAAUUACAUUGAUGAUGAUGAAUACAAUGAUUUCAAUGUAAAUGAAUUGAGAAAAACUAAAAGUAUAUUGGCAAAGCUACAAGGAAUUACUGUUACGCAUCCAAUGGGUCGAAAUGCGGUCACCUCAUUGGUCGCUUUAUCACAUAAUCUUCAAGAAUUAGUUUUAGAGGUUGACGCUCACAUGGUUCUACAUUCCAUUGCAAAUUUAAAGUACCUUAAACGAUUGGCUUUACACAAUUCACAGAGUUCACCUGCCUCAUUCCUUCAACAAGUGCUACCUAUUUUGCAACAAAUUGGUGAUAACCUGGAGGCUUUGGAUUUAGAAGGGUUUGAUGUUGUUGACCUUUCAACUUGUGCCCGAUAUUGUCCCAAUUUGAGACAUUUUUCGGGCCAAUGGUUCACCAUCUUAUCCUGUACUCAAUCUAAUCCAGGUUUGAUCAUAUCCAAGAAAGAAGAAGCAAAUUUAAGGAGACCAUUUUCGCACCUUCAAUCCCUCCGACUUCGUCCUCGUAGUCAACGUAAUAUAGGUGUUAAAGCAAUCGGCUAUAUUUUAACCAAUGCAAUCAACAUUGAAUCUAUUGAACUUUACUCCUGUCCCGAUCUCACCGAUGAACAAUUGAUUGAAUUGAUCAAAAAUAAUUCACUUCGCAACCUACGAUCCUUAAUCCUCCGACAUGGUCAUCUUUUAUCCAAAUCUUGCCUUAACCGAUUGGUUCAUUCAUUGGAUGAACUUAGUUUUCUUGAUUGUGGAGCACCAUUGCUCUCUAAAGCUGAGCUUCAUUAAAAAAAACAAAAUGACAAAACAAAAUACUUCAAGCGUUUUAAAACAAACCUAA